AACCCUAAAUGCUCUUUUUAUAUUUGUUUUCUUUUGGUUCCAAGUUUCUUACUUUCCAUCAAUGGCAGACGAUGAGGCCGUCAAUCUUAUUCGACCUGAAUUUCCGACGGGGAGGGUCAAAAAGAUCAUGAAACUCGACAAGGACAUCAACAAGGUCAACUCUGAGGCCUUAUUCCUCGUCUCCUGUUCCACCGACCUUUUCCUCCGAUUCCUCGCCGAGAGAUCUGCCGAAGUCGCCACCGAGAAGAAAAAAAAGACGGUGAAGCUCGAUCAUUUGAGAACCGCCGUUAAAAGGCAUAGACCAACAAGCGAUUUCCUUCUCGACUCACUCCCGAUGCCAGCCGAGUCUACGCAAGCCGUUGGUCGCUCGGUGACCGAUCGAGAUCGUUCCCGGCCUGUCGCUGAUAAGCCCGCCCCGACUGGAACUCGCCGCAUAGACCAGUUCUUUUGCAAGCCCGGAAAUGAAUCUCCGAUUAAGAUAAACGAUACAUAGCUUUUCCUUUUUGUUAACAAAAAUUGCAUUAAAUGUUAGUAUGGUUUUGACAAAUUCCCUUGUAAUCGAAUGUUUUUUCGUUAAUUAAAUUAAACUAGUGCGUUCCAGUUACUUGUGCAUUAAAUCAGAAUGGAAUUGCAUGAUUUCAAGGUGACAAGGCGAAAUUAGGUCGAGGAAAUAUCCUUUUUCCUCGCAAUUUCUUUCCUUCUUUGAUGACGGAUAUACUUCAGUUGCUGAGUUUAUGCUGUUUGAUCCUAACUGUUGGAUACCCAUAGAAAGCAUACUGUUUAAACGGAUUGCAUUGCCAAAACCUCCAUUUGAAAGGCACCGAUUACUGGUGGCAGGCCUGGAUGCAAUGAAAAUUUCUAGCUCAACGACUGCCUGGCUCUGCACCUUCAUCUCCUGAAAAAUGCUUCACCUUAUUGGAAAGUAGGUAUGGGUAACAGCUCAUUAUUAAUGUUG